CUAUUUUAAGAUACCAGAGUUAGUAUUAUUGUUGUUAUUUAAAGUGUUGUAUAUCAAUCGUUGAAAUUAAGCCGCAACAAUUUUUAAUGUUUAUAUAGUUCAAAUAACCGUCGCUAAAAAAGGUGUACAGAUUUUUUUAAUUAAGAAGAUGCCGCGAACAACCAGGAGAUCAUUGAAAACUCUUCAACAUACUGCUACAGAUAGAGAAAAUUUAGUGGGUAGACCUUCAAAAAGUUUGAAACACCAACUCAGCCAAGAAUCCGUUGUAGAUGUUGAAGUAAAAAGGAAGAAUUUGUGCACCAAAGAAGUUCAAGUAAAUCUUGAAGAUAAGAUAUGUGCAAAAGACUUGACAGAUCCUGAAGGUGCUUCUGAAAAAUAUUGGCAAAUUCUAUCUGAGAAACGCCAAGUAGCCCUUCAAGAUGCUUUGGAAGAAAACGAAAAACUUAGAAAGAUUAUUGAGGACUUAAAACAGGAGAACAUGCAAUUUAAACAAAUGUUAGACGAAGCCAACAGUUUUGUGGAAGUCAUUAAGGAGGAACUGGCAAAUAGCAGUAACAAUGAUACUGGGAUUGAUGUCAAUGAUGUCAGUACCGCCGAUGAAACUCAGGAAGAAGACAAGUCAGAGUCCAAAGAUUAGAUUUUGAUUAACAAUUGAAAUGUUCUUAGUUUAACAUAAAUCUUUAUUUAUAAGUAUCUCUGUAAGACUAAGAAAUUUUUGUAAUGACUUUUUUUAGCUUUAAAUCUAAAAAAAAAAAAACUAAAUUAAAAUGGUAUAUUCUAUUUUUAAAAUAUCCUUCUAGGUGAUAGUCAAUUACUAAAAGUUUUGCAAAAUGUGUUACUAAAUAAAAGUCUUUUAAUAAAACAUAA